AUGCAUGUCGAAUUACGAUCUAAGCAAUGCAAUCCCGAUGAUGAGAACGGCCUACUCUUCGGUUUACCGACCACCGCUCAAGAGGAUAACCACCCAAAGAAAAGAUGCGAAUGUGCUGAUACCAGUGGCGAGCGUCUUGGAUUCAGUAUUAUGUUCCUCUUGCUUCUGAUUCCACUGGCCCUGAGCAUCCUACUACUCUACAGCGAUACCCACAACUGCCUCUUUCCAGAAAAUAUGUACAACUUGGUGAAUCAAUACCGAUCAUCCGUUCAAACAGCGGUCCAGAUCGUUUCCGCCACCCUAGCAGCCAUCGAGGUCUUUGCGAUUUGUCGCCUCAUCAAUCUGGCAACUCGCAUUCGAUUCAAAAGAGCUCCCGUGUCGCUAGAUAUGCUUGGCUUCUGGUCGGCACUUUCGAUUCCAGCAGCCGAUUGGAAUUUGCCUAUCUGGAUGAUCAUCAUGACAGUCCUGGUCGCGAAUUUGCAUACCGUUCUGACGGCCGUAUGGACUGGUGCCCUGACCCCGGUGAAUACUCUGAGCACCCAAAACACCAUCAUUCAAGUGCCUCACUGGUCCAAUAUCAGCCUGAUCAAAGAAUACCCAAGCCAGAUCGAUCGGACGGGCCCCUCCGUUCGUAAUAGCAAGGGUUACUUCACAUAUUCUGUUGGCAUGGGCCUUCUUGGGAGUCUGCUGGGCUCGGCCAAUUCAGCAUCCUCGCUUGACGGCGGCUUCCGCAAUCACAAUAAGCUGGAUAAUACACGGUUUCAAUACCACGGGCGAUCAUACGGAGCGGGCUCAAGUAUCGGCCUCACAGAUCAGUCUGCACUCAAUAUCCGGCAUGCAAUCAACUAUACCUACAGUGAGACGGCUCUCGCCCCUUCUGUUUCCUGUAUUUACAACAGCAGCUCCCGAUAUGCUAUCGACCAGGAGGGUAGUAGCAAUGUCUAUCCUGCAAAGGGGUAUCUCCCUGACAGUGCGAGCGGAAGCGGAGAGUAUACCGACUACGUGGGUUUCGGCACGGAUGCGAUUGUGGCACUUGCCGUUUCGCGUGACCCUCGAGCGAAAAUCACGGUCCACAAGAUGACAGCUCCCGGCCCUUCUGGACCUACUAUAACAGACCUUGAUCCCUACGGCAAUAUCACUCACGUGGUGAUGCGUCAAUUGGCGCUGAUCUCCGCCGACCAGACAAGUUUCUACCGCUCCACUGUUGGAGAUGUCUUCAAUGCUAGUAUUGGUGACUACGGAACCUUGAUCAAAAACAACACGAGCACAACCAAAUCAAUAUCGCAAUCAGAAGUCAACCUGGAAGGAGCCGAGAACACAGUCAUUUCCCUUGUCGACGACAUGCUCGUGGCCUACGCAUCGGCCCAGUUGGUAGUCGGUGGACUGACCGUUCCUGCACGAGCUUUUGUGAAUGCCGAGGCCAUUCGCGCCGGAUCGCCGGGCUAUAUCAUCACAAGUGCCGUCAUCAUCAUCGUGAUUGUCAUUCUGGUGACGGUCGAAGCUGUGCGCAUGCGAGGAUGGAGAGCGCUCCCGGCAUUUGAUUAUACGGAUGCUCGAAUACAAGGACUGGGGCAGCGUUCCAAUUAUGUUGAGCGGCGGGGCACUCCAGGAACAUAG